UUUCAGGAACCGAAUAUAUUGUAACAGAUCUACAGUGCGUCAUUACUAGCCCGCGUCUCCGCCUUCAAAUACGUACAUCUGCCGGAUACUUCCUAGAUCCUAGUCAGAAAGCCACUCUAUUUUACUAAUGUCUCUUGUUGUUUGAAGACUCGAGGGUUGUAUCGUUGUAUCGACGUACAAAAUAGUCUGCCAUUGUUUAGCACAGCUUUGCACGCGCUUGUGUUUACAGCAUCACGAGCAGCGCGUGUGAUAUUGAUUCAGUGUUAGAGCUCUUUCGGUUUCACUAUGGCAAGCGAGGCGCUCCACAAAUUCGUUUGCCUUUGUCGAUACCUACAGGAUCCCUGCCAUGUCGCCAGAUUCCAGCAGUUUUGCGGCGUCCGCGGGACGUUUCCUAAAAAAACAGCCGAGGCUGACGCGAAGCUUGCGGUCAACGAUGCUUGCGUGGGGCAAUGUCAGGAAGACCGCGCGGCUAGUGGGGAUUCAGCACACGGACUCGCGGGCCAAAGGCUGAGAAAAAGUUUAAAUGCCGCUGGAAAUGAUGAACAGGACGAAAGUCCCGCUGAUUUUCUCAACGGACCCUCGGGGCGAGAGGCAGAGAGAGACUCCAAAGGCAGAGUGAAGCCUUUACGCAGGAACUCAUUGACUGGUGAGGUUGGCCAGGAGUUCAUCAUCGAGAACAAGUUUCUCUUCUAUCUCUUCACCAUUGGUUCCGAGCUGGGCAAUGAGAUGUUUUUCAUCGUGUUCUUCCCUUUCUUGAUGUGGAACGUCGAUCCCUAUGUGAGCCGGCAGCUCAUCGUGGUGUGGGCUUGGGUGCUGUUCAUCGGCCAGUCCACUAAAGAUCUGAUCCGGUGGACCCGUCCUGCCUCUCCUCCUGUGAUUAAACUGGAGGUGUUCUUCAACUCGGAGUACAGCAUGCCCUCCACACAUGCCAUGACCGGCACCGCGAUGCCCUUCUGUCUAUUCAUGCUCACAUGCAGUCGCUGGGAGGUACAGUAUACUUGUACACAAAACCAAGCCGAUAAUCUUACCCACGCGAAACAAGUAGUUGACUGUUUCUGUUUAUGGGAAUGUGUUUAACUAACUAGCAUUUUUAUUUUACGAAAUAUGCAUUAGCACUUAUUCCUAUUCACUUGUACUUCAUUCGUUACAUAGGUUAAUAUUACUGUUCCAUAGUUACUGCCACUGGCCACAAAUAGCAAAUUUUGGGUAUCACUCCCAUUAGUUAUUAAUAGUUAAAGGAAUAGUUCACCCCAAAAGGGAAAUUAUCCCAUAAUUUACUCACCCUCUCAAGCCAUCCUGGGUGUAUAUUACUUUCUUUUGUCAGCCGAACACAAUCAGACUUGUAUUAAAUAAAAUACUGGCUCUUCUCAGCUUUGUAAUGGCAUUGUAUAGUGCCCAAGUUUUUGAAGCUCCAAAAAAUGCAUCCAUCCAUCAUAAAAAUAAUCCAUAUGACUCCCGUGGGUUAAUAAAUGUUUUCUGAAGUGAAGCAAAGAAGAAUAUCCAUAUUUAAAGCUUUAUAAACUAAAAUCACUGGCUUCCAGCAACGGCCGUGCGCAAGGGUGACCAAACUAUGAAGUAGCCAUACUGGCUUGACUAUAUAUGGAAAGUCAAAACUAAUUCUAUUUAAAGGGUUAGUUCACCCAAAAAUUAAAAUAAUGUCAUUUAUUACUCGCCCUCAUGCCGUUCCACACUGGUAAGACUUUCGUUAAUCUUCAGAACACAAAUUAAAGG